CACACCAUGGGAGGAGUUCAAAACUGCCUUCACCAACGAAUUUAAACCAUCAGACCAUGAGCGCGCUAUCCUUAUGGAGCUCCGUGUUAACAAAAGUGACUGCUUUUUGUGGACCAGGCGAACCUUGCCCACAUUGCUCUCUCUGUUUGCGACCUUUCUCAUUCGCUAGAAUUAACCUUUAUGUUUUCUACGAUUCCAUAUCCCUAAACAACGCGUCUUCUACGCGCACUGCUAUGGCCGAGGCCCGUCUCUACACAUCUAGAUCCCUUUAUUAACAACCAG